CAAGUACAUUUCGUACCAGGCCUUGAACACCACUCUCCAAAGUAGUGUUCCGAGCUGAUAGCCCAAUAAUGUAGAGCAGCAUUUUGCAAGUUCAGUUCUGUUGGGUGCAAGCUCGCUCAGCUCAUACUGAACUUCCGAUUGUUACUGGCGAAGAGGAGCCGACAUCGAGCUCGCACGCAGCAGCUGCUGGUGGACACUGAGGUCGCUCGCAGCAUCUGAGGACGUGCGAACUAUGGCUCCACAAGGUCAAGAGUCUGCCUUCUCGGUUCCUGGCGAUGAAGCUACCGAUCUGAAGGGUAACAAGUUUGCACUUCCCGUGGACUCCGAACACAAAGCGAAGACACUUCGUCUGUACUCGUUUGCAUCACCGCACAUGCUAACCUUUCACUUGUCAUGGAUCUCUUUCAUGACCUGCUUUUUUUCCACAUUUGCCCCGCCUCCUCUCAUGCCCGUCAUCCGAGACAACCUCGACCUGACAAAGGUAGACAUUGCGAAUGCUGCCGUCGCCUCAGUCUCAGGCUCGAUCAUCUCCCGCCUGCUGAUGGGAACCAUUUGCGAUCUCGCGGGUCCUCGCUACGGAUGUGCGAUCCUCAUCAUGGUGACAGCUCCGGCUGUGUUCUGCAUGCCGCUCGUCAACAGCAUCACGGGGUUUAUCAUGGUGCGGUUCUUCAUUAGCUUCGCUCUGGCAACAUUCGUGUCGUGCCAAUUCUGGAUGAGCUCCAUGUUCAACAGCAAGAUUGUGGGCCUGGCGAACGGCACGGCUGCUGGCUGGGGAAAUGUGGGAGGCGGCGUGACUCAGCUGGUGAUGCCGUUGGUUUUCAGCCUCAUCCAGCACCAAUUUGGAGCCGAGUACUUCACGGCCUGGCGUCUCGCCUUCUUCGUUCCGGGGGUGAUGCACGUGGUGAUGGGGCUGCUCGUCCUCACUCUGGGACAGGAUCUGCCGGAUGGAAACUACGCAGCUCUGAAGCGCUCAGGAAACAAGGUCCCGGACACAUUCGGCAAGGUUCUGUAUCACGGCGCCACGAACUACAGGACGUGGAUCUUCACAAUCACGUACGGUUACUGCUUGGGAGUGGAGCUGACGGUCGAUAACAUCAUCGCCGAGUACUUCUACGAUCGGUUCGACGUCAAUCUGUCCACGGCAGGGAUCAUCGCGUCCACCUUCGGAUUCAUGAACAUUUUCGCUCGACCAGCUGGUGGAAUCAUCUCUGACUUGAUGGCGCGCAGGUUCGGCAUGAGAGGCCGUCUGUGGGCUCUGUGGAUUAUCCAAACGCUCGGAGGAGUUCUGUGCAUCAUUCUGGGAAUCACUCACCAGCUCACCAGCUCCAUUGUUGUGAUGCUCAUCUUCUCCGUCUUCGUCCAGGCGGCUUGUGGAGCCACGUUCGGAGUGAUUCCGUUCAUCUCUCGAAGGUCGCUGGGAAUAAUCUCGGGUUUCAUUGGUGCCGGAGGAAAUGUUGGGUCCAUUCUCACUCAGGUUCUGUUCUUUUCGAGCUCCAAGUACUCGACCGAGACGGGUAUCAUGCUGAUGGGGGUGAUGACAGUGGCGUGCACUUCUGUCCUGUUCUUGGUGUACUUCCCGCAAUGGGGAGGUAUGAUCUGCCCUCCUAGAGUCAAAUCCACGGAGGAAGAUUACUACGGUGCAGAGUGGAAUGCCGAGGAGCACGCUGCUGGUCUCCAUGAGAGUAGCCUGAAAUUUGCAGUCAAUUCGAGGUCAGAGAGAGGAGCCAGGAGGCAAUCAGUGGAAUCUACCCCUGCGUGAGCACAUAUAGAACCAAAUUGAAGGAGCUUCCAGUACUCAUCGAAGAGAGCUCCAAUGGCUUUCAAGGUUUAUGUUCUCACUGCUGCCGUAGAACAUUGGCGUACUACAGUUGAACACUUAGCAAGUGCUGUCUCAAGUCAGGAGUUUUCUUAUCAUUGACCAACUGGGAAUGAAAGAGAAGACAUAGAAUCGCAGGAUUGACUAGAGUUACAGUAGGAAGGAUAGAUGAUAAAAUUUGGAUAUUUAGCUCAUGAUUUUUUUCUUCACAUCAUGAAAUCAUUUCUGAUGCGAAGUUGGCAAAUGAACAUAGCUGUAUACCAGACCUCAGAGAGCGAUAGGACUACUAGAUUCAAGACUAGACGUUCGAAUGAUCGUUCGAAAUUAGGACUCGGAGUAUGACAUAGGGAUUACGUCAAUCAAUGCGAAUGGGUGACUAUAUUUGGUUCUGUUUAUAAACUCUUCUUCGAGGUUUACGUACAUUGGUCAUGCAGUACAUGUAGUAUCCCAAAACUCUUCUGCUGGUGAAGAUCGUUUGAUUGCCACUCGUGAAGGUCGUAGAAUACGUCGACGACAGUAGUUGCAAGUUAGCAGAGAAUAUUCUUCAGGUGUCGAAGACCAGAAGGUUGGAAGUACUUGUCCCACUUUUUGUACAGAGGAGACUGACGGUGUCCCUGGUUAUAUGAUUUCACAACAUUGGACUG